AUGCACGAUCAGGACGUGUCCAGGUACAGCAGAGUUUCUGCCUACAUCUUUCCUCAAAACAUUUCGAUGGAUCAAAGAAUUUCUCAACGUUGCGAUUCCACGGCGUAUGAAGUAUCCGAUCAACUCGAAGAUGACGAUCACGUACUGACAGAACGCAUCGCCAAUCGGAAUGGUUUAGCCUAUCGUUUGCGCCGCUUGUUCCUAAUAGACCGACAGCACCCGAGUUCCGCACUGCACUUCCGUUCGCACUAUCUCUACCGACGCGAGCUGGCACGCCAAGUACGCAGCAAGUUUUGGUACAUCAUUCAUCCGUUCAGCCGAUUCCGGUUUUACUGGGAUAUGUGGUUGAUCGUGUACUACUACGCCAUAGCUCUGCUGUUUCCAUUCUUUUUCUGCUUUACAACGCUCGUGCGUGUUCGUGGCAGAGCAUAUGUAAUAUCGAUGUUCCUAAACUUAAUGGGCACGCUGGAUUUUGCUGUGCAUGCGUGUACCGGUUACUUGGAAGAUCAGUCGAGUAGAAAGGUCAUUUUGCACCAUGGCAAAAUUCUGCUAAAUUAUCUGAAGAGUGACAUGAUCGUCGACAUUUUCGUCAUGUUUCCAUCGACACUUUUGGUGGGAAUGUAUGCUGACAAUUCGAACCGCACCGUUCCCGUAUCCAUGCUUAUGGACAUUGUUCACGGCACACUGAUGCUGAAGAUAAUUUCUUUACGGCACAUUUGGGGAUAUUUGGAAAAUGUUUACGAGCGUUUCAAAAUUAAUCUACUUAGUUACUAUAUUCUCCGGGUUGUACUAACGUCCGUGCUGAUUGUACACUGGUGUAUCUGUAUCUACAAAAUUGCCAUAUUCGAAUGGGACGUACAAGUGACUGAGGAAGGAUUAUCGUACAUGGAAGCGUUUUAUCAGUACGCAGUGUGUCUCUAUGCCGUUUCUUGGUUCAUGUUUGCCUACAGUUUUAUCGAACGGGACAUUCCUAGUGAUGCUCGAGCGAAAGUUUUCAGUACGGCAUGCAUUGUGAUUGGAUACAUGUUUAAACUUUUCAUAUUUUUGCAAAUAAUCAAUCUGGUUGAGAUAAUGAGUUCCAUGGAUAGGAAGUAUGCCGAAGUUACAAAUCAGCUACAAACGUAUGUUCAUACGAAACAACUCCACACGGCAGAUAUGAAGCAACGGCUACUGUAUUACUACGCCAAGCGGUACGAAAAUUGCUUUUUCCAGGAGGACAUCAUAAUGGAAAGCUUGACCGACACCCUCAAAAAACGAAUCACCGACUACAGUGCUGCAAACUUUUUGAAAACGGUUAAAAUAUUCGAAGGCAUCCCAAUCGACGUCCUGCUUCCGUUGAUGGAGAAAAUGACCAAAGAGAUAUAUCUCCAGGAUGAUCUGAUCAUCAAGGCAGGGUCGUACGGAGACAAGAUGUACUUUAUAAUGGUCGGCAUGGUGGCGGUUUAUACUCACAGUCGCAAAGAAAUUUGUCACUUGUCCGAUGGAGAUAACUUUGGCGAAGUGUCGAUGUUUACACGCAAAAAGCGAAUUGUGAGUGUGGUAGCGGUAGAGUUCACACAAGUGUACGUGGUCGAGCGGAUGGCGUUCAAAGGUUUGUUUCCCGCCGAUCAUGUUGUACAUCAACGCCUGCAGGAGCUGGCCAAUAAACGCUUGCAGAUCACUCUAGUGUUCGAAGAACAGCACAAGAACCAUCUGCUAAAGAUGGGAAUGAGUCAAAAUGAGAUCAAGAUCGGGAUAUGA